CAGUGGCUCUAAAAUCUGUCUAAAGCUCACGUCAACUGUAACACUACCAACGUCUCUCUCUCUCUCUCUCUCUCUGUCUCUCUCUGUCUCUAUCUCUUUCAUUCUCUUAAAGACCCAUUUUUAUUUCACACAUUUUCCCGAGAAAAUUCAUUCCUCAAAAAAAAAAAAAAAAAAAAAAAACAUUCACCUCGCCGGGAACAAUGUCGGAUUCCGGCAAUUCUUCCGGCGAGAAUCAAGGUUCGGUGUCCUCUAUCUCCCACAAGCUGACCUCCAAAACUCCGUUUCUGAGCUUGAAACUCUACGCAGUCAUCGCAAUCCUCGUUCUGUGCGUGCUCGCCACUUUCCUCCUGAUCUUUCUCUGCGUCCGCACGAAUCGGAUAUCGCGGAAGCGCAAAAUGCGCGUGAAACACAGCUCGGGUUCAAUCCCAUUGGUAACGAAAGACAUCGUGGAGAUCAAAGCUGCGGAUCGGCCGGCCGAGAAUUGCGUGAAGAAGAAGGAGGUGAAAAUCGUCGAGCACAACAAGGGUUUGAAGAAGGAAGAAGCGCAUACUCCUCGUGAUGUCAUUGAUGAGGAGGAGAAGGAGUUUGGUGAUGUUGAAAAAGGGAAAAGUAGCGGAGGAAGUGACGUGUCAGGCCGGAGCGACGCGUCGGUGGAGCCGCAGAAUAUUGGGUGGGGUCGAUGGUAUGGCCUGAGGGAGCUGGAGAUGGCGACACGUGGAUUCGCCGAUGAGAAUGUUAUUGGAGAAGGAGGGUAUGGGGUUGUGUACAAAGGGGUUUUGCAAGACGGAUCUGUGGUCGCCGUAAAGAAUCUUCUUAACAACAAGGGACAAGCGGAAAAAGAGUUCAAGGUGGAAGUUGAAGCCAUCGGGAAAGUAAGGCAUAAGAACUUAGUUGGUUUAAUUGGUUAUUGUGCAGAAGGUGCUCAAAGGAUGCUUGUGUAUGAAUAUAUUGACAAUGGCAAUUUGGAGCAGUGGUUGCAUGGUGAUGUUAGGCCUGUCAGUCCUCUAACCUGGGAUAUUCGAAUGAGGAUUGCCAUUGGGACAGCAAAAGGGCUUGCCUAUUUGCAUGAAGGGUUAGAACCCAAAGUUGUUCAUCGUGAUGUAAAAUCCAGCAACAUUCUUCUGGAUAGAAAGUGGAAUGCAAAAGUAUCAGAUUUUGGACUGGCCAAGCUAUUAGGGUCUGAGGCAAGUUAUGUGACUACCCGCGUAAUGGGGACAUUUGGAUAUGUCUCCCCAGAGUAUGCAAGCACAGGAAUGCUCAACGAAGGAAGUGAUGUGUAUAGUUUUGGAGUUCUACUCAUGGAGAUAAUUACAGGAAGAAGCCCAAUUGAUUAUUCCAGACCAGCUGGAGAGAUGAACUUGGUUGAUUGGUUUAAAGGAAUGGUUGCAAAUCGUCGUGGAGAGGAGGUUGUUGAUCCUCUAAUUGAAGUUCAGCCCUCUCCAAGAGCCCUGAAGCGGGCAUUGCUAGUUUGCCUCCGCUGUAUAGACAUGGAUGUUGUUAAGCGACCAAAGAUGGGGCAAAUUGUUCAUAUGCUUGAGGCAGAUGAUUUCCCUUUUCGAACGCUUGCAUUCUUUCACACACAGGCAUGAGCAGCAGUGCUAGGAAUUUCACCGAGCACUAGGAACAUCGAUCAGCCAAAGACAAAGAUUCUCUCCAAUCCAAUGCAACAACUGUAUCUACUAGAGUUCCAAAUCAACCCAAGCAGUCCAGGGAAGAUGACGUUGAGAGACCAAGAUGGAGAUGAUUAAAUUUUUUGUUGGAAAUAUAUGGUAGUUCCUGAAGGCUGAAGAUCAUUUUAUUUUGUAUCAUAAUUUUUCCAUUAUUUUGCCGAUAUGAAAUUACAAAGCUUUGAAUGUGCAUAUAAUCCUCUUGAAUUAUCCUUCCUGAUCUCAUAUACGUUCUAUUGUUGUAUUGCGGCAUAUUAUAAAUUGAUGGGCCUUGUAAAUAUGUAAUACUCCUUAUCAUGUGAAAAUUUACAAAUCCAGAAUACCAAUGGCAAAGAUCCUACUGCUUGCAUUUCA